AUUUUAACAGCGUGGCCGGCUAUGAGUCAAGACUAAGGAUUUGUUUGGUGGGCUUGUCAGUGAUUACGAUCCGUAUCGGAUGCUGUGUGGAUUGAUGUCGUGAAUGAUAUCUUUACAAUCUAACUCCAUGUGCCUCGAAAUCAGCUGACAAUGUCUGGAAAGUUCUCAGCAGCCCUGCUCCUCGCCGUUUUGGUAGUCAGCCUCGGCAUCAUAAACUGCAGUCCUGCUAUCGCGUCCGGCUUCGACCCCCUGGAGGUGUGCAUAGAAAACUGCGCGCAAUGCAAGAAGAUGCUGGGUGACUGGUUCCAGGGCCCGCUUUGUGCGGAAACGUGCUUCAAACUCAGGGGCAAAGUCAUCCCGGAGUGCGAGAACUUCGCAUCCAUAUCGCCUUUUAUUGUCAACAAAUUUUAAUGCGUUAAACAAAAUGUCGAAUGCUCGAUAAGACGGCUAUUCUUUCUUGACACUGAUGAUGUGAUGAUUCGAAUGGGUUGUUGAGAUUUGUAACAUUUUUAAAUUUUAGUGGCACCUAUUGAUAUUUAUUGGAAGAUGUUACUAGCUAAUCUUGCCGAUAGCUUUAGGACCAGAAACUAAUCCUAUACUAGUUACGCAACCUGGGCAAUCUAGGUCAGUUUAAGUAAAGAUACGUUAUACAAUCUACUUAUGCUAUUUCAGUGAAAAUGUUUGCAUUGCAAAUUGCUAAGUGACAUAAUUUUGGCAUCUUUCGUUUGCUCGAAUAUCAAAUUUCGAUCUUUUCUUACUAGGAAAUUUUAUUGCUCUGUGUAUAGCGUGUAUUAAGAAUGACGGGAUAGGAGAAACACACAUAUUUUUUCUAAGAGCCAAUUUUCGCAUGCGAUUUUCAUUUUAAUUACAUUGCGGUAUUUGAUUCGUGUGCUGAAUUGUAUGUAAAAUCAGUCCGCGAUGUAACUAAAAUCGCAUGCGAGUUCGGGUUCGGACGCCGUCUAAAUCAGCCUUAAUAAGAGGUUAAAAAGUCUAAUCAAAGUUAAAGGAAAUUGCGCGGCCCUCGCAUAAAGGUUUCAUAACGCCCAUGUGAUCAUAAAUACAACGUUACGUUAUUCUAAAUUACCCCCUAACGGGUGAUUACCUUUAAAUCACUUUUUCACGAUUAAAGUUUGCGAGCGCUCGAAUAAAUAGGUACGUAACUUUGACCAGUGUUCUAACUUUGUUCCGCUUUUCUAUAUUUGUACAAAAGCUAUUUAAAGAAAGGUCUUUUGACAUUCCCAAGAAAAGGGACCUCUUAGCGUUUCCGAUGUGAGCGUUUACGGCCCC